AUGGUUGCCUCAAGACCCGGAUCCCCUUACACUGGCGGUAGACCCUCCAGUGCCAAUUCAGUUCACACCAAGGUCGAAGAAGAUCUCCACGAAUACGCUGGUAUUGAUUAUGACAAGGUCACCAUCAUGCGCAAUCCUUCCGUUGCUGUCCUCUACGAGCAAGCAUUGACCUAUGAGCAAGGUACCGUCAUCUCGUCCGCUGGUGCUCUUUGUGCCUAUUCUGGUAAGAAAACUGGUCGUUCUCCCAAGGACAAGCGUAUUGUCGAGGAAGAGACCUCCAAGAAGGAUAUCUGGUGGGGUCCUGUCAACACUCCCAUCAGCGAAAAGGUCUUCUUGAUCAACCGUGAGCGUGCUAUCGACUACCUCAACACCCGUCCUCGUUUGUACGUCUUUGAUGGUUUUGCCGGUUGGGAUCCCAAAUACCGUAUCAAGGUGCGUGUUGUCGCUUCUCGUGCUUACCACUUGCUGUUCAUGCGCAACAUGUUGAUCCGUCCCACUGAGGAGGAACUCGAGAACUUUGGCACUCCUGAUUUCACCAUUUUCAAUGCUGGCGAGUUCCCCGCCAAUCGUUAUACUACUGGUAUGACAUCUACUACCUCUGUUUCCGUCAACUUUAAGCGCGCUGAAAUGGUCAUUCUUGGUUCUGAAUAUGCUGGUGAAAUGAAGAAGGGUAUCUUCACUGUCAUGCACUACUUGAUGCCCAAGGCUGGUGUCCUUUCUCUUCACUCCUCUGCCAAUGAAGGCCCCAACGGUGAUGUAUCUCUCUUCUUUGGUUUGUCAGGUACUGGUAAGACUACUCUUUCUGCUGAUCCCAAGCGUAUGUUGAUUGGUGAUGAUGAACACUGUUGGUCUGAUAACGGUGUCUUCAACAUUGAGGGUGGCUGUUAUGCCAAGUGUAUUGAUUUGUCUGGUGAGAAGGAGCCCGAUAUUUUCAACGCCAUCAAGUUUGGUGCCAUUUUGGAGAAUGUUGUCUUGGAUGAAGAGACCCGUGAAGUUGAUUACUCUGACGAUUUCUUGACUGAAAACACCCGUUGUGCUUAUCCCAUCUACCACAUUCCCAAUGCCAAGUUGCCUUGUAUGGGUGGCCACCCCAAGAACAUCAUCUUGUUGACCUGUGAUGCCUUUGGUGUCUUGCCUCCUGUCUCCAAGUUGACUGCCGAGCAAGCCAUGUACCACUUCAUCAGUGGUUAUACUACCAAGGUGCCCGGUACUGAAGACGGUAUUGUUGAGCCUCAAGCUACUUUCAGUGCUUGUUUCGGUGCUCCUUUCUUGGUCCUCCAUCCUCAACGUUAUGCUUCCAUGUUGGCUCAAAAGAUGUCUGAACACAAGGCUGAUGCUUGGUUGAUCAACACUGGCUGGAUCGGUGGUUCUGCUGCUACUUCCAAGCGUUGUCCUCUCAAGUACACUCGUGCCAUUUUGGACGCUAUCCACAAUGGUGAAUUGGCCAAGGCUGAAUAUGAGGAUCUUGAAAUCUUCAACUUGCAAAUUCCCAAAUCUGUCUCCAAUGUUCCCUCCGAGCUCUUGAACCCCAAGACUGCCUGGAACGGUACUGCUGAAGAAUUUAAUACCUCUCUCCGUAAUGUUGGACAAAUGUUUGUUGACAACUUCAAGACAUACGAAGAUGAAGCCGCACCUGAGACUUUGGCUGCUGGCCCCAAGCUCUAA